CUGCUUUCUACGAGUCUGCAAUUCUUUCUCUGGCCAUUGUGAGCGAUGCAUAUGGGAAAGGGACGGGCCGUUUUGUGACAAUAUCAAAGUGGAAGAGCAGAAAGAACGAGGCAUUUUUUAUUCAGAUCUGACCUCGGACCAGGUAAGAAUUAAACUGAUGCUUCGAGAGUUUUGGCGAUUCAAACCUAAAGAUAUACACCCUGACGGAAUGAAGAUCAGCGAAAAGGUGAUUCUGUAGGGGAGCGGGCCGGGACUGCCAUACUGGGCUUAACAAGAAUUUAGCCAUGUAUCAGCCCCCAUCACUAGCCAUGUAUCAGCCCCCUCACUAUCCAUAUAUCAGCCCCCACACUAGCCAUGUAGCAGCCCCCAUCACUAGACAUAUAUCAGCUCCUACACUAGCCAUGUAUCAGCCCCCAUCACUAGACAUAUAUCAGCCCUCUUACUAGCCAUAUAUCAGCCCCCAUCACUAGCCAUAUAUCAGCCCCCUUACUAGCCAUAUAUCAGCCCCCUUCCUAACCAUAUACCAGCCCCAUUCGACCAUCUUGAAUCAGCUACAUUAACAUCCCCCUUUCCUGACACUGACCGUACAGUUUUAGCCACUUUGUGAUAUUUAACAUCAGAUUGCCGUGAUUAAUAGGUAGUUUAUAAUACUUGAUCUUUCAGCAAACUGACAGCUUUCACUAUCAUUGUUAUUCACCUUUAUUAAUGUGCUUGGUAGAUUUUUAUUCAAGAAAUACUACUUACAAUAAUACAUUCUUGAAAAAAAAAUUGGAACCAUAUCUUAAAUUAAUAGACCUUAAGAUUAUCUUAACUUAAAUCAAUUCACCCGACCUAGUUACCCAUGAUAGAAGAACACUAAACAACUAUAAUAUAUAUAUCUUAUUGUAAUAUUCAGGUACUCCUCACAUUUCUGACGUUGUUUGCUGCCGGUGGCGCCCUUUGGUUUCUCAUGGCCUUGUCCAUGUAUCACAGGCGGAAGCUCGUGUGGGAAAAGAUCUGGAAGACGGGCAAGAUACCCUAUCGCCACAGACUUCCUAAAGCAUUUAAGGAGUUCCUCGAGCGUUCAGCCCACCCAGCGACGUACAGGUAUUCACCACUUGGGCGAGAGGACAGACAGCGAC